UUUUCCUUUCACCUCAAACAUGGCUUCUCUUCGAUAUUUUAUCUUCACUUUACUCUUACUUUUGUUUAUUUCUCCAUGUUUAGCCCAACCGUCGUUCCGUCCCAGGGCCCUGGUGCUUCCGGUCUCUAAAGACCCCUCUACACUUCAGUACGUUACCACUUUUAACCAAAGGACACCCCUUGUUUCCGUAAACGUCGUGGUCGAUCUCGGUGGCCGAUACUUGUGGGUUGAUUGCGAGCGGGGUUAUGUUUCAUCGACGUUACGUCGUCCAAGCUGCGGUUCCGCCGAAUGCUCGUUGGCUGGAGCCAAUGGUUGCGGAGGCAACGUAUGUUCUAUCGGACCCGAUAACACCGUGACUAACAGCGGCGGACCUGGUGAGGUUGCUCAAGAUGUUUUGUCUCUCAAUUCAACUGAUGGAAGGAACACUGGCCUAGUGGUCACUGUGCCUAGGUUCAUUUUCGCUUGUGCAACAACUUCCAUCAUUCAAGGCCUUGCUAGCGGGGUAGUCGGAAUGGCGGGUUUCGGUCGGUAUAAUAUUGCGCUUCCUCAACAAUUCGCUGCCGAUUUCAGUUUCCGAAGAAAUUUCGCCGUUUGUCUCUCAUCUUCAACCUCAGCCAGAGGUGUUAUUUUCUUAAGUGAUGGUCCCUAUGUGUUCAUCCCUGGAGUUGACGCAUCACAAUCACUUACUUAUACACCACUCUUCAUCAACCCUAUCAGCACAGCCCCUUCUUUCCCUCUCGACGAACCCUCCGCUGAGUAUUUCAUCGGCGUAAAAUCGAUCAAAGUGAACGAAAAACCCGUCCCGCUGAACACGACAUUACUGUCCAUCAACAGAGAAGGUGUUGGUGGCACAAAGAUCAGCACCGUGAAUCCCUACACCGUCCUCGAGGCUUCGAUCUUCAAAGCCGUCACCGAGGCCUUCAUUAACGAAGCUGCUGCUUGGAACAUCACCAGGGUGGCUGGUGUGGCUCCAUUUGAGGUGUGUUUCAGCUUUAGUAACAUCGGAAGAACACGUUUAGGAGCAGCCGUGCCAUCAAUAGACCUUGUGUUGGAAAACGAUAGCGUUUUCUGGAGGAUUUUUGGGGCGAACUCGAUGGUGGAGGUUAACAGUGAUGUGUUGUGCCUUGGAUUCGUUAAUGGUGGCGCAAACCCACAGACCUCAAUUGUUAUCGGAGGGUACCAGUUGGAGGACAAUCUUGUUCAGUUCGAUUUAGCAACUUCAAGACUGGGGUUCAGCUCUACACUGUUGGGUAGGCGAACUACUUGUGCCAACUUCAACUUCACAUCUAAUGCUUAGAUGGUAUCGUAGAAUUAAUUUUAACAGAUUAUAAGGGAAUAAAUAUCUGCUUUUUGCAGUUUAUAUGUAUGUGUACGUAAUUGUUAGGGGUACUUUUUUUUUUAAUGAAAUUAUAAAAGUUGAAGUCUUUUUUU